CAAUCUCCUUCUUUUGUGGAGUCUUUAUCUUAAACAUGGUUAUGUCUCACUCUUUGGUUCCUUUGUUCUUUUUCAUGAUGCUCCUUGUACAAACAAUGUCUAGAGGCACUGGCAUAACUUGGCACGAUGCUCGUGCAACCUUCUAUGGUGAUGCAUCUGGUGCUGAGACCAUGCAGGGGGCUUGUGGCUACGGUGAUCUCUUCCAACAAGGGUAUGGACUUGCAACCACGGCACUAAGCACUGCUCUAUUCAAUAAUGGAUUAACUUGCGGGGCAUGUUUUCAAAUAAAAUGUGUCAACGAUCCUCAAUGGUGCAUAAAGCGUGCAAAACCAAUCAUAGUGACCGCAACAAAUUAUUGUCCUCCAAAUUAUACCAAAACCGUAGAUAUUUGGUGCAACCCUCCACAAAAACACUUCGAUUUGAGUUAUAAAAUGUUUACUUCUAUUGCUUAUUAUAAAGCUGGUGUAAUCCCUGUUAAAUAUCGACGUGUUCCAUGCGUCAAAAGAGGAGGUGUUAGGUUUGAACUAAAUGGAAACCCUUAUUUUUUAUUGGUUUUGGUUUACAACGUUGCUGGUGCUGGUGAUGUUACUCAUGUAAGUAUUCGUGGGUCUAAAACUGGUUGGAUUAACAUGUCACACAACUGGGGACAAAAUUGGGAUGUGAAUAUGAAUUUGGUAGGACAAGGCUUGUCUUUUCGUGUUACUACAAGUAAUGGAGUAAGUUUAGGCUUUCACGGGGUUGUUCCUUCCAAUUGGAAAUUUGGACAAACUUAUAAGAGCACGCGCAAUUUUUAAACAUGUUUACUUUUGCUCAAAAUCAUACAUCUAAUCACAAAAUUACUAGUCGAGUUUUUGAUGUGAAAUCUACGUCUAGUCACAAAAUUACUUGUGACAUAAAAUGUAAUUUUGAUUGUAAUGUCUUGAUCAAUUAAAAUUCUUUGUUUCAAAAAUUAUUCUAAGGAUUAUUCAUAUGAAUAAAGUUGUUAAAUUUUAGUGUUUA